GUACGCGUCCCUGACGCUAGAAACAGAAGGCGGGACGCCUGUUUGAAAAUUGUGUGAAUUCGUUGACUGUCGAUAAAUAGCACAUUUGUCCCUGGUCACGGUCAAAGUGACUUCGACAUUGUUUUAGGAUAGAGGAAUGUCUUCAAAAAUCCCAAGAAGUCUGCAUCUACAUCCCGAAAAUAAAAAAAAUCAUAAACCAGAACCCAAAGACACAGAAACUGCAAAAAUGGCCACAAAGUCAGAUGCUGGCCUUAAACCUAAAAAAGAGAACAUACAAAGAAAAAACAUCGCGCCUAAAGUUGUUAAAGGAGUCUCUGUGAGGUACAAUCAGGCAGAUCUGAAGGAGCAGAACCAGCACUUGACAGCUUUCAAUGAGGAGCUGCAGAAAGAUCUCGCAGAGACACAGCAAAGAGUAAGAGACUUGGAGCUGAGAUUUAGUGACCUUGAAAAGGAGAAUGCAGAAGUAAAGAAGAAUUUGACGGAUUGUCAUGUUCUACUCGUUUCUGCAAAAAUAGACCCAGUUUUAGGAGAAAAGGUUGGAGAAGCUGCACAAGAGAACGAAGAUCAAAGAAAGAAAGUUAUGAGUGUUUCCACAGACCUGCUGAAUGAAUUAAUCGCUUUUAGCAAUACUGCAUCACAGCAACGUGUUCGGCUGGAGGAAAUCCAAGCAGCUAUGACAGAUCUAACUCAUACACGGGAGCUUAUGAUGCAAGAACGGGAAAGCUUUUCUCUAGAAGCAGCCGAAUUGGAAAAGGAUCUGAGGGAAGCAGAAGCUCUCCUACUCUGAACGGUUUUAGAAAACAAUGUGUACAUACAGAAUUGAUGUUAGUGCCACUAAAUGCACUAAAGGUAUUGUAUUAUUAAUAAAGACUUGUUUGUGUUA